AUGUGGGAACUGCGGUCAGCCUCCUUCUGGAGGGCCAUAUCUGCUGAGUUCUUUGCCACCCUCUUCUAUGUCUUCUUCGGGCUAGGGGCCUCACUGCAUUGGGCCCCUGGACCACUGCAUAUCUUGCAGGUGGCUUUGGCCUUUGGCCUGGCCCUGGCUACACUGGUGCAGGCUGUGGGCCACAUCAGUGGAGCCCAUGUCAAUCCUGCAGUCACUUUCGCCUUCCUUGUGGGUUCCCAGAUGUCCCUGCUCCGUGCCUUCUGCUACAUGGCAGCCCAACUCCUGGGAGCCGUGGCUGGGGCCGCUGUGCUGUACAGUGUUACCCCGACUGCCGUCCGAGGAAACCUAGCACUUAACACGUUGCACCCUGGGGUGAGUGUGGGCCAGGCCACCAUAGUGGAGAUCUUCCUGACGCUCCAGCUCGUGCUCUGCAUCUUUGCCACGUACGACGAGAGGCGGAAUGGCCGCCUGGGCUCCGUGGCCCUGGCCGUUGGCUUCUCCCUCACCCUGGGGCACCUCUUUGGGAUGUAUUAUACUGGUGCAGGCAUGAACCCUGCCCGCUCCUUUGCUCCUGCCAUUCUUACCAGAAACUUCACCAACCACUGGGUGUACUGGGUGGGCCCAAUCAUUGGAGCAGGCCUGGGCAGUCUCCUUUAUGACUUUCUCCUCUUCCCCCGGCUCAAGAGUGUUUCUGAGAGACUGUCUAUUCUCAAGGGUGCCAGGCCCAGUGACUCCAAUGGACAACCAGAGGGCACAGGGGAACCUGUUGAACUGAAGACCCAGGCCCUGUAAAAGCUCCAGAUGAAUAGAGGGAAUAGGAAGCUUCUGGGUUUACAUGGAGGGGCUGAGCCAGCCCCUGGAUGAAAAAAGAGACUGUGGGGAGGGGCAUGUACUUCUUUAUUUUUAAAUUUAUGUGUGUGUUUUAUUUUUUUGCCUUUUGCCGUGUGAAAUCUUUCAAGUUGCAUUCAUGAGCUGUUUGGUGCAAACUUCCCUUCCUCCCCAUCCCACCUCUCUUCGCCGCUGUGUGUGCAUGAUUGUGUGUAUGACUGUGAGUGAAUGUGACUGUGUCUGAGUUUUGGGGCGUGACACGAGAGGUAGGGAAGGGAAAAGAGGUGUCACCCUAUACCUUCCUCUCCCAACCCAGUGUGGUAAGUUAAGUACAGGGAACCAAGACCUUAAGUUUCUGGGCUUUACCCUGCUGCCAGUCAAGUGUAUGGCUCUAGGUUUCUGAGGGAGCAGGGAAGCAGUUAGUUACUCCUCAGAGGAGGCAGAUGGAGAGAAGUGGAGGAGACGAGGCAUUCCAAGAGUUGGUAGAAGGAGCUGGGUGUGGUGGGCGAAAUGGAGGUAUCAGCCCCAGAUCAGGAUGCCAAAAAGUUUUGGAGAAGUUAACCCGAGAGUGUAGCCUGCUUAUCUCAGAAAUGCUUGCCCCAGGGACUUGGGUGAGGAAGUAGCUCUGAGAAAAGUGAACACUGGGGUUUGAACUGUUCUAUAAAUCCACAUCAACCUAUCUACAUCCACUGGCUGGGUUUUGCGUGCAUUCUGGCAUGAUGGAUCUCUUUGGAGGCCCUGGGCCACUGAUCUGCCAACCUAAGCAAAAGGUGGGUGAGCCUAGAAUCUAGAAAAAUUAAGUAGCUUAACUGCUCUGCCUGACACACCCGCAAUGUGGCCUCCAAGCAGGUGGUACUUAAGCCCAGAAGAGCUCCCUAAGGCCGAAACAGGAAACCUGAUGCCUGGAGCAAAUGCAGAGGUAGGGGUGGGGGACAUAGGAGGGAGAGGAUUUGACCCUCAGUUUUAAUUUAGAGCAGCCCAAAACACUCUUCAAAUGGCAUCUUUCUGCUUUUAUCACUAGUUCUAUAGUCUUCUUUAUUUUCCAUUUUUGUGUGUGUCUUUUCAUUUUUCUCUCAUCUGUCCUUUCAUCUUCAGCAAAUCUAACCCUUUACAUGUCCCAGAAAUUAAUUCCUUCCAUUCAAAUUUUAAUUAUUCACAAGAUAUUAUUUGUUUGAUCCCUAUUUUCUUUUGUUGUUGGGAAAAUACACGCAUCUCAACAGAAGCCAGAGGAGACCCUGACCUGACGAUGAAUACUUAUGUUGACCUCUUCCUUUUAGGAGCCUCCUGCACACUUCGCAAGCUUUAAACCUAUACCUAUAGAAAGACAGACAGCCCAGCCCCGCAAAAGACCACUCUUCCACGUAGCUAAGCUCUCCAUUUCCUC